AGCAGGCGAUCCUGCAGUUCAGGCGAGCACUGUACUAGGGAAAGGGAAUGUGAGAGUAAGCAGAGAGUAGAGGGAGGGAGAGAGAGAGAGAGAGAGAGAGAGAGAGAGAAAGAGAAAUACCCAGCGCAGGGACGCCACUCUGCAACUUACGAAAGUCUCGCAAACAAAACAUAAAAGAGAGAAACAGAAAACAGAAAAAAAGUAGACGCUCACUUUCUGAGGAUACAUUUGGUAGUCAUGUAAUUUUAUGCAGCACUGACUUGAAAUAACCUCCCACCACUGCAAGAGAAAAAGACAAAUCUGAGAGAAAAUGAAUUUGGCGACGCUACUCUUGGCGAGUUUUUUCUGUGCGACUCUGAAGGUGCAGGAAAUAAUUUCGCAGUCAGUGUGCGCCGGGACUGAGAACAAGCUCAGCACCCUCUCCGAUCUGGAGCAGCAGUAUCGCGCGCUGCGGAAGAAUUACGAGAACUGUGAAGUUGUCAUGGGCAACCUGGAGAUCACCAACAUCGACCGGAACAGAGACCUCUCCUUCCUGCGGUCCAUUCGUGAGGUCACUGGAUAUAUCCUGGCUGCCCUGAACCAGUUUGAAUACCUCCCUCUGGAAAAUCUGAGAAUUAUUCGAGGGACGAAGUUGUACGAGGAAAGAUACGCACUAACUAUCCUGUUGAACUACAAGAAAGAUGGAACAUUUGGACUGAGGCAGCUGGGCCUACAAAACAUGACAGAAAUCCUGAAUGGAGGCAUCUACAUUGACCAGAACAAGUUUCUAUGCUACGUCAACACCAUUCAUUGGCAAGACAUCGUGCGCGACCCUCGCAGUGCCGACAUUAUAAUUGUUCCCAGCAAUACUACUGCAACAUGCGGAAGAUGCCACAAAUCUUGCAAUGGCCGAUGCUGGGGUCCAUCUGCGAACCAAUGUCAAACCCUUACGAAGACGGUGUGCGCCCAGCAGUGUGACGAGCGAUGCUUCAGCCCGUUUGUGAGUGACUGCUGCCACCGGGAAUGUGCAGGAGGCUGCUCGGGCCCCAAGGACACGGAUUGCUUCGCCUGCACCAACUUCAAUGACAGUGGAGCCUGUGUCAUUCAGUGUCCUCUGCCUUUCUUCUAUAACACAAUAACAUUCCAGGUGGAACCUAAUCCCAAUGCCAAGUAUACAUAUGGAGCCUUCUGCGUCAAGAAAUGCCCACAUAACUUUGUGGUGGAUCACAGCUCCUGUGUACGAGCGUGUCCCAGCAACAAGAUGGAAGUAGAAGAAAAUGGAAUCAAAGUAUGCAAGCCCUGCACGGACAUUUGUCCAAAAGCUUGUGACGGCAUUGGAACUGGAAGUCUGCAGAUGGCUAAAACGGUUGACUCAAGCAACAUUGGCAAGUUUACAAACUGCACCAAAAUCAAUGGAAACCUUAUCUUCCUCAUUACCGGCAUUGAGGGGGACCCCUAUCAUAACAUCGAGGCUCUGGAUCCAGAAAAGCUGAAUGUCUUUCGGACAGUCCGAGAGAUAACAGGUUUUUUGAAUAUUCAGUCAUGGCCAAGAAAUAUGACGGAUUUCAAUGUGUUUGCUAACCUGGUGACAAUAGGUGGCAGGAGCCUGUACAGCGGGAUCUCGUUGCUGAUUCUGAAGCAGCAGUGGAUAACGUCCCUCCAUUUCCAGUCGCUGAUGGAAAUAAGUGCAGGCAACGUGUAUGUGUCGGACAACCCCAACCUGUGUUACUACCACACGGUCAACUGGACUGUCCUCUUCAGAACCAGCAUGCAGAAGCCGGUCAUUAAGAACAACAGGGACUCGCAGAACUGCACUUCUGACAGGAUGAUGUGUGACGUCCUGUGUUCUGAUGAUGGAUGUUGGGGUCCUGGGCCAAACCAGUGCCUGUCUUGCCGAUACUUCCGCCGUGGAAGGACCUGUAUCGAAUCUUGUAAUCUGUACGAAGGGGAAUUUCGAGAAUUUGCAAAUGGUACAGUCUGCAUGGAAUGCGAUGAGCAGUGUGAAAAGAUGGAAGAGGAUAUGGUCACAUGUCAUGGAACGGGCCCCGACCACUGUACCAAGUGCUUGCACUACAAGGACGGUCCCAACUGUGUGGAGAAGUGCCCUGAUGGUCUUCAUGGUGCCAGUGGAUUCAUCUUCAAGUAUGCCGACUCGAACCAAGAAUGCCAUCCAUGCCACGCCAACUGCACCCAGGGGUGCACAGGCCCACGUAUUCGGGACUGCAUCGAGCUGAUGGAUAGGACCCCUCUGAUCGCUGCUGGAGUCAUAGGCGGCCUCUUCAUUGUGGUGAUCCUGGGGCUGGUGGUGGCCGUGUACCUGAGGAGGAAGAGCAUCAAGAAGAAACGGGCAAUGCGCCGCUUCCUGGAGACCGAGCUAGUGGAACCUUUAACCCCUAGUGGCGCUGCUCCAAAUCAGGCCCAACUUAGGAUCCUCAAGGAGACCGAGCUGAAACGCAUCAAGAUUCUUGGCUCUGGCGCCUUUGGGACAGUCUACAAAGGCAUUUGGGUCCCAGAGGGAGAGACGGUGAAGAUUCCUGUAGCCAUUAAGAUCCUCCGUGAGAGAACAGGUCCCAAGGCGAAUGUGGAAUUCAUGGAUGAGGCCCUGAUAAUGGCCAGCAUGGACCAUCCUCACCUGGUUCGCCUCUUGGGUGUUUGUCUCAGUCCCACGAUCCAACUGGUCACUCAGUUGAUGCCCCAUGGCUGUCUGCUGGAUUACGUCCGUGAGCACAAGGACAACAUUGGCUCCCAGCUGCUCCUGAACUGGUGUGUCCAGAUUGCAAAGGGGAUGAUGUACUUGGAGGAGAGACGGCUGGUUCAUCGAGACCUGGCGGCAAGAAAUGUGCUGGUGAAGUCACCCAAUCACAUAAAGAUCACUGACUUUGGCUUGGCCAGACUGCUGGAUGUGGAUGAGAAAGAAUACAACGCAGAUGGAGGAAAGAUGCCAAUUAAGUGGAUGGCUUUGGAAUGUAUUCACUACCGGAAGUUCACUCACCAAAGCGAUGUGUGGAGCUAUGGUGUCACUAUUUGGGAGCUGAUGACUUUCGGUGGGAAGCCCUACGACGGAAUUCCAGCCCGUGAAAUACCGGACAUCCUGGAGAAAGGAGAACGCCUUUCCCAGCCUCCAAUCUGCACCAUUGAUGUCUACAUGGUGAUGGUGAAAUGCUGGAUGAUUGAUGCCGACAGCAGGCCAAAGUUCAAAGAAUUGGCUGCAGAAUUUUCUAGAAUGGCUCGAGAUCCACAGAGAUACUUGGUAAUUCAGGGAGACGAUCGUAUGAAGCUGCCGAGCCCGAGCGACAGCAAAUUCUUCCAGAGUUUGCUGGAUGAAGAGGAGCUGGAGGACAUGAUGGAUGCCGAAGAGUACUUGGUACCACAGGCCUUCAACAUCCCUCCUCCCAUCUACAGCUCGAGACCGAGGAUCGAUUCUAACCGGAGCCAGACAGGACACAGCCCUCCACCUGCGUACACUCCCAUGACAGGAUGUUCCCAUGUUGCAAUUGUCCAGUGCUCCAAUUCAGCUUGCAGCGGUCAACACAAAGAUGUGCUCACAGAAUCACCAAAGCAGGGCCAGUUUGUGUACCGUGACGGGAUCUUCGGGCCGCAGGAAGGGCUGUCGCCCAGCUGCUCCGGGACUGCCCCGCUGGAGGAACAGGGUGCGGCCUCGCCACUGGAGGUCUUCGACGACAUGUGCUGCAACGGGACACUGAAGAAGCAGGCUCCCCGCCAGCGGGAAGACAGCAGCACCCAGCGGUACAGCGCCGACCCCACCGUCUUCCUGUCGGAGCGUGGGCAGAGGGGGGAGCUGGACGAGGAUGGCUACAUGACCCCCAUCCAGGACAAAAAGACCACAGUGGUUUGUGAGCGAGUGGGAUCCAUCCAAGAGGACCGAACACUGGCGAGGCCUUCCAAGUUAGAUCCCAAGGCCAAACUAUCUCGUGCAGAGUUCUUGAACCAAGUGGAGGAGAACCCAUUCGUGACGCUUCGGAAAAAUGGUGACGUCCACGCCUUGGAUAACCCAGAGUACCACAAUGUCCCAGAGGGGUCAAAGACCAUGGAGGAUGAGUAUGUGAAUGAACCCCUCUAUCUCAACACAUUUGGCAAUGUGGUUGAGAACCCAGAGUACCUGCAGGACAAGAUUGCCAUAUCGGAAAAUGUUGACAAGGCCUUUGAUAACCCUGACUACUGGAAUCACAGUUACCUGUCCAAGGGUACCAUGCACAAUCCUGAGUACCUGCAGGAGUACAGCACAAAGUUUUUUUACAAGCAGAAUGGACGCAUCAAACCCAUCGUAGCAGAGAACCCUGAAUAUCUCUCAGAGUUCUCACUGAAGCCAGGAACAGUGCUGCCUUCAUAUGGACAGCGUAAUACGGUGGUGUAACCUCCGGAAACCCAGCUUCACUGGACCUCCUUGUCAAACUACAAACAGCUAUCCUCAAUAAUGACUGGAAGGACAAUGUCCAAGGUCACAGUACUAGCAAACUUUGUCUGAAAUGAAGGAGAGUUGGAUUGCUAGAAUUCAGCCCUGGUCCAAUUCGAUCUUUCUAACUGGUACCCGUUACAAAGCAAUAUGGUUACAAACAGGAAAAAAAACUGAAGGAUUGCUGUGGAAGUACCAAAAAUGUAGAUCUUUGGGAUUCUCUUCUCCUGCAGACCUUCGGCAAGACAGAUCGGAAGGUUACGGUCAAGGAAGAGAGUGCAAUAGGCUGUCGAUCGGUGAUGGGGAGGAGGGUGGGUGCGGCACACAACAUCGAGAGUUGAUUCUUAAAGAAAGCUUGUCCAAUUAAAUGUAGACUUCUAAUUUGAACAAAAAUCCACAAACCCAGCCACUCAGUAAAACUAAGGUACAGAACUUUUGAUUUGGGGUCCCACUAAUUGGAUUUUCUGAACUACUAUCUUAUCCAGGUAUAAAAUGUCAAUGGGGCAAGAAUGACAAGCACCCAGUACAGGGAGCUUUUCCAUCACUGGCAGAUGAGGUGAAAUGCUAUGAGCCUACCAAACUCAGUCUGGGUGCAGGAACCAACUUGGAUGGGCCUCACCUGGGCUGGUGGACCUGUAGCAAGCACGCCUUGUUGUCAAUUGACCCUUUCGGCAGACACUAGCUAUUCAACUGAACACUACGGCAAGCUCCAUUUUGAAGGUGACUUUAUUAUGUAGCAGACCUCUCAAUUCUCUUUUGUACUUAAAUAUAGUUUAAUAGCAGGUAACUUUUGAAGCCUUGGAAAGUAGGGCCAUUCUUAAUUCUUAACUAUAAAUUGAGGGGGAUGGUUUUGUAAUUGAAAAAUUAAUGGAAGGGUUUAUUUGCCUUUGAUAAGCACACAUCAGCACUGCCAAUCGUGUCUAUUACUAAAAGUUGAUAUUGUAAAUAUCAUGAUUAUGCUGCUUUUAAUAGGCCUCAUCCAACGUCGCUUUACUUUCACGUGCACUCGAGGCAUAAGCUCUUUUGGGCAUUACUGGGGUCACUAGAGCAACACUUACUUAAUUGUAUUUCUUUUUUUGCUCAGCGGGACUGGAGUUCAGGGGCAGGCUGCCCCAAGUUACAAAGAUGUUGGCCAAAGGUCGAAUCUGACCGAUCUGCAUUGUGUUUGAAUUCAGUCAGACAACAAAGCAGGCCAGUCUGGAGCACAGUUGACACACACUGGCUGACUCGGGCAAUUGCACCUCGGAGGUUCUCAGCAUCACCCAGGCUUGUACAUCUUCGCAGAAAGACAGUGAACUCAGCUAAUCAGCCCAUUUAUAUCUCUCUCUGGAAAUGAUGAAGUGUUGGUAUCUCAAGGUGUCCUUCCCCGCAGUGUUAAGGAUAGCUGUUCGCUCUUUACAAAAGCCACAAGGUUAAUCGGAAAUUACUUGAAUGAUUACUACUUGGCUCUGUAGCAUUGCUCUCCGGAAACAUUACCUUACAAGUUUUCCCAAAGGCUAUCUGCGGAAGCGUUGAACACAGAAAGAAACACAACAUCUAUUUACAAUCUAGGUCAGUCAAUUCCAUCAACAAUUCAUAGUUAAGAACUUGAAAGAAUUUUAUUUUUCCUUUUUUUAAUGCUAACUUUCGAGAUUCAGUUUUUUUUUUGUCCCUUAGCCUUGACACCUUAUUUAACCUGCAGUUAAGUGUUUCGAUUGAAGUGCAAUCAUUGAAGCACAAUCGUGGCCUCCACAGAAAGUUGAAAUGGGGAUACUCAAAAGACAAAAGAUCUAUUUUCUUUAGCAGGGCUGAUGAGAUUUCUGUAUCUGAUUGGACUAGUAGAGGAAUAGUAAGUGAUAUAGCAGCUGGAUGUUUUCUGCUUGAUUUGCUUUCGGACACCAGUGGCCUUGGUAAUGAAGUAUGACUCCUAUAAAGACAGUAAAACGAUGAGGGGUCAAACUCAAAGCUGGAGACCUCUCUACAUUGAGCAAUCCUGUAAGUUCAGUUCGACAGUGAACGAUGGAAGCAAGCGAUCUGCUGGACAAAGUCAAUGGGUUGAGCAGCACCUGUGGAAGGAAAGGAGCUGUCAAUUUUUAAAUUCUUUUGGGGGGCGGUGUCAAAAUCCUACAUCAGGACCGAUAGAUGCUGAUUAACACUGAGUUCCUCCAGGAGAUUGUUUGUUGUUCCAGAUACCAGUAACUCUAGUCUCUCAUGUUUUCACUGACGGGCAAAGACUUUGUGCAUACACCUCAUUUUGGAUAUGAGCUCCAAGAGCACUAACAGCGUUGGGAUCUCCUGAAAGAAUUUACAAAAUUGGGUUGAAGUUGAAAGUUGGACUAGAGCAUUUCACAUAUUGCUGCACAGGAUCUGAUGGGCUACCACGACAAAGCACAUGUAGUGUUCAAGCUGACUGUUGGGAAGGUGGACAGAUUUUAAAGAUCUUCCCCAUCGGCAACUACAGAGCAGCCACAGAGGUGAGGAAAAUCCUAGGGUAGGAUGUGUUGUCAUCUCCAUAUGUGUAUGACCACCCCCUUCUCUGUCCAUUGCCCCAAUCAAUGGCCCUUCAAUGAACGUCCCUUGCCUCUGUGAGGUGUGGUUCGGACGAUAACAGAUAUGUUAGCAUCUUGCACUGAGGCACAGGAGAAAUAGUCAAGAAAGGUACCCAUAGUAAAGAAAAAUACGUCUGGCCGAAUCUGUGAGUCAAACAUCAAUGUCACUCUUAAAUUCACUUCUCUUAGCUGAUUUUCCAUGGGUUUUGCUCCUCAUUUCUUGAGUCUGAUGAACAAAAUUGCACUUUAUGUAUUCAGUUAUUUCGGUAACUGUGACAUAUGGUGACAUCACUGGGUGCGUGGUUGUUGCAGGGAAAAUGUUGACUGCAUUAUGGUGAGUCACAUGGAGGCUAAUAUUCCAACGUGCACUAAUCGACACAGAAUUGAUUGCUAACGUGAUCUAACUCAGAGAAAUUACAGAAACAUUGGCAAAUGGAUCCAACUCCUUGAGUUUUCAGUCUCAGAUUGUAAGUGGCAUUUCUUGGCACAAGUCAUAAAAUUACUGUCAGCAAUUGCAGACACAAAAGGAUGUGUUGGUUCUUUUUUCCUAUCCAAUCAUAAACACAGAGGCAUGUGAUUGAAACAUGUCAUUCAGAAACUGACAGCAGAAAUGUUACUUCUGGAUAAUUUUGUAAUUAUAACCUUACCUAGGGAUAUCUGGCAAUAACACUGGCUUUCACUGAGGUUUGGAAAGCUUUGCAGAUUUAUCGGGAUAGAGCUGAUCACGGUGAGGUUUAUUGGACAGAACUUUCAAAGAGCUAGUACAGGCAUACGAUGUGUUAAGUAGCCUCCUGAAUGACAUGAAGAAGUGAGCAUUAGUAAGUGCACCAAUAAAAUUUAGGAAAUUACUGUGUCAAAAUUCCAUGCUCUCAAUUUAUACACAAUGUUGAAGGCCACUCAGCCCUUUGAUCUGCUACCCCAUUCCUUAAGGUAAUGACUGAUCAUAUUGUAAUCUUCAUUCCCAACACUCAAUAUGUCAAUAGAUUGUGACACCUCUUGUCACCUGUCAGCUUUCCAGUGGCUCUGUUUGCUACAGAUGACCACUUUUAUCACCACGGUGUGUUUGGGCACAGGUACGAAGGAAACAGCAGAAGGAGUGGACUGAUUAGUCCUUAGUAUCAUCUCUGCCAUUCAAUACAUCCUGGAUGACCCUCUACCCCAAUACCAUAUUCCUUUCCUCUCCCUUUCACCCAUUCUUACAUAUAUUUGUCAACUUGGCCCCCACAACCCUCUGGAUGAAGAAAAUUCUCUUCAUCUCAGUCCUACAUGUCGUAUUCUGUGGUCCUUCUCCCCACCCCCAACCCCAACCAGGGAGAAGGUCUUCCCAGCACCUGGCCUGUGGGUGUCUACAUAUGAGACGAAGACCACACUUCAUCUUCCAGUCCUGCCUUCCCUUUGCAGCACCCCAUUACAGGGUUGAAAGCACAGAAAUGAACCCCUCAGCCCACCGCGUCUAUGCUGACCAUUUAUGCCUUGCCUAUUUCUACCAAAGAUUGCUUCAUCCUAUCCAUUUUUUAAAAAACUCCCUCUGUUACCCCUAUUGUGCCCAUUGGGGAGGAUACCCAGCUGUGCUGCAUGGUUAGUGUAGCUUUUGAUUUCCUGAGAAUCAAGAGCUAGAGGACAUAGGUUUGAGGAGAGAGGGGAAAGCUGAGGCGUGUCCUUUAGUGUCAGAGAAAGCCUGGCAGCUCUUUGCAGGAGACCAGGCUGAGGCUCAAGGAGGUAUACACCCUGUGUCGUUAAGCAUAUCCAAAGCUCAGACGUUCAUAAAGCAGUGAUGUUGCUGGAAUUUGGGGAAGUGAGUUAUGAGUAGCUUGGGACUGCUAGCAUUCGAGUGUAGGAGAGGUGUAAGAAAUCAUGAGAGAUACACGGACCUUUUCCUGGGGUUGAGGAGUCGCAAACUAGAGGCUGGAGGUUUAAAGUGAGAAGGGGAAAAUUUAGCAGGAACCUGAGGGGCAAUUUUUUUACCCAGAGGGUGCUAAGUUUUUGGAACAAACUGGCAGGGCAGGUACACAUUCACUGGCUGCUUGAACGAGGGCAUGGAUAUGAAAGAUGUAGGGGGAAAUAGGCCAAGUGCAGGCAAAAGGGACUAGCUUAGGCAGAAAUCCCUGUCAGCAAGGACCAUUUGGGCUGAAAGGCCCAUUUCUGUGCUUUAUGGCUCUGUGGCAUUCCCCUCCAAUAACCCUUCACCCCUAAUCAACAUUCCAUCAGCAGCCGUUCACCAAAGUGCAAUCUGACUUCCUUGAUCUUUGAGCUCCAACCUCAAAGAAUUGAAAAUUCCCUGGAACUAUCAAUAAUCAGUCAUACUGCCCAGAGUUCGGAAACAUUUUGUCGGCUUGACCUUAAUUUAUAUACCAUUUAGCCUGACUUUACUGUGAGUUCUCAGAUUCAAUUUACAAGAGGCACAUUUAAUUCCAGAGAGGAAUGUCAUUGAUGUAUAGCGAAGAGUUUGUGAGCAGUGUUCAUGUGAACAGCUUGGCCUUUCAGAUAAUCACUGCUUUCAACAUUGUGAUGCCUGGAUGAAAGUCCUGGUCAACAUGAGCAUAUUUGAUUCAUCUCACAGUAAGUCACUGUGAGGCAUCCUCGGGCCGAGAUAAGCCGUGAUCAGAAUGCAAAAUAUUAAUUUCCUUCUUGCAUUUUCAACAGCUGCAUUAUUGUGUAAGCGUUUAUUGCACUCACCCAUCGAAACCAGCGGAUGGGUAGGCAUGAUGUACGUGACAACUGCAGUGGCCAGCCCGCCCAAUAGAUAUCAAUCCUGACCAGGCAGGCAGGCAGGAGGGCCUGAAAGAGCUGUCAGUGACCCUCCCAACGUAAGCAGAUCCAGGUCCAGUCAUGUCACCUGUCUGCGUCUGCCCCAAUAAAAUGACCGGCUAAAAACUUCUUGCAUUUGCAAGCAGUCCACUGGAGGAGCAGCAGGCCGAGCAGCAUCUGUGAGGGAGAAAGUGGUGGAUGAUGACGUCAGAGCAUCUGACAUAGUCCUGAAGAGCCAUGGAAGGACUGAUUGCAGUGCCAAGAAGUUAACCGAUACACCUAAAAUAAGCCUUCCUUUCCCUUAUUCAGUAAUGAAAAUGGUUUAUUGGCAUCGUGGUCACUUCAGGCAGCCAAAUGAACAUCAAGAAAAGUUGAUGUCCUCAGCCAGACUUGCUACCACAACCACAUGUCCUUCCUCAGUACUUGCCUUCACUGUUGCCGAUCAUCCCACCUCAACUGAAUCCACCUGUCACCUGCCAUCUCUACCCCACACUUUCUAUUACCUUAUUAUUUUGACUAUUUCCCCUCUAUUUUUCAGUCCAGAUGAAGGAUCUUGACAUGAAAUGUUGAAUGCCCAUUUCCCUCAGCAGAUGCAGCCUGACAGUGCAAACAAUAUCUCUCUAUAGUAUUGUCUAAAUCAGUAACGGGAAGUUUUAUCCCAGAAAAGAAUGAAAAUCCUAUCAAAGCUAAGACACUAAAGAAAUAGGUGUAAAAUUUCUCCACACAGAUUUCUUGAUUUUCAAAAGCAGAGCAUUAUUUUAUUAUUAAAGUUGUUGAAAUAAAUCUUAAGCCUGAGUGAUUUGCCCAAAUACUGAAAUCUAUUGCAGUGUCCAGAUAUUGUUUUAAGUAGUUUCCUAAUUGUUACAAACACAAAAAAUCAUGUGGAAUUCAGGUUAUAUAGACUUCGCUGCUAGAUAAGUCUCAUGAUCUAACUUUCUGCUGUCCGUCUUUGGUUGUGAAGGGGUACAUACAUUAAAUGCUAGUGAUUCAGAUACAGAUUCAUUAUCACUGAUUUAGUUGACAUGCAAUUUGAUGUUUUGAGCAGCACUACAAUAAAAAGAUGUAGAGUUAUUAAAAUUACACAAAUAAACAAAUAAUGCAAAAAUAUUAAUAAUGAGGUGGUGUCCAUGGACCGUUCAGAAAUCUGAUGAUAGACGCUAAGAAGCUGUUCCUGAAUCAUCGAGUGUGGGUCUUUAAGCACCUGUACCUCCUCCCAAAUGGUAGUAACAAGAAGAGGGCAUGUCCGGUAUGGAUGAUUCCACAUAACUUGUUGUGUUUAAUUAAUUUGUGAAUUAUUUUAAUGCACAAACUCUUUGCUUGAGGAUCAGACACUGGAAAUUAAAUUUAUUAAACUUUGCCUUCCUGUUUAAAUAUUGUCUGUGGGCAACUCUGGUGUUUAGUUACCAAGUUAGGAUUGGUCAGUGCGGCUUGCAAGUAAACAAUUAUUAAAACCUUUAACCAGUUUCCAAUUAAGGUAACUUGGAGUUAUAAUAGAGCACUUUAUCAGUAAGAAUGGCUGUUUAAAGAUUAAAGAUGAGCUUUACUUGUGACAUGUGCAUCAAAACAUACAUUAAAGUGUGUCAUUUGCAUCAAAUUACUGUAAAUCAGCGAGGGUUGUGCUGGGCAAGUGUUGCCACACUUCCAGCACUAACGUAACGUGUGCACAAUUCCCUAACCCUAACUGUAUGUAUUUGGAAUGUGGGAGGAAACCCAAGCAGUCAUGGGGACGGUAUAUUAGCUCCUUAUAGACGGCGGUGGAUGGGAAUUGAACCUCGAUCGGUGAUCGCUGACACUGUAAAACAAUGUGCUAACUGCUAGGCUACUGUGUCGCCCCACCACUCAAACCUCCUCCUUCUCAACCUCCAUAUUCUCCUUAAAGUUCCAAAUAAAUAUCAGGUCCAAACCUUAAAGAAGACGAUUGGGCAAUUCCCCCAUGAAUCACGCGGCAACCAUGUUACCAUGAGCGAGCGGGCUGCUUUUGUGCACAAACGUACACAAUGAAACUAACCUUCACUUGUUUGCUAAGAAAUAAUCCUGCUGUAAUCAAGAGAAUUUGCUGUAGUUUUGAUCAUGUGUUGUGUUUGUUUUAAUGCACAGAGACUUGGUUUUAAAAAGCUUUUGUCUGCUGUAAAUCCUGCCCUAGCUCCUAACCCAUUAUUUCUCAGUCCAUGAAGUAUUUCCCAACAGGUCAAAGUGACUAACAAACAACAAUCUGGUCUGCGAUAUUUAUCCUUUGAGAAGAUCACUUGGUGCUUUGCACUUGGUGUGUAUACAAUUAACUCAAGAUAAUUUGAAUGGAAAAUUCCAAAGAUAAAAUAUAUUUUUGGAAUGGCCACAGCAUUGUGAAAAAGCACUAUAGCUACACUUCGUAAAAAGGUAUUUCUUUUUGAUGAGGUCACCAUUUGUUCCCUCGGCCUUUGUUGUGCAGCAGGAUAAAGAAUUGACUAAUUAAUGAAACUUUGAGCAAAUAUUGAUACUGAAUUCAUGGAAAAUGUGAAUAGUAUUUUUUAUAGAUUGUUAAAGAAAUGGCUAGAUGCAUUUGUAAAUAAGGGAGACUCUUGCUUUUAAUUUGUGGAAUUGUUUUAUUUGAGACAUACUUGUUCCUUUAGAGUUGUUUUGUAUAUAUAUGUAUUUGGAUUGUGGCUUUUUUUAACUUCACAGCAUUGUAGAACUGCUGAUGAUUAUGUGUUCAGCACUAGUUAAUGUGGUGUUUUAACAUUUUGCGCUUGGCUUUAGCUAUAGAAAGCCUUAGCUCCGUGUCUGUUGUCUGAUUAAUUAGCUUUUGGAAACACAGCUUAAGACAAAUAAUUGUAUUACUCACCUUCACAGAACCAAUAACUAACUUUGAAGCUAUAAUUCUCUUCAGUCUCUAGUUUAGCUUCUUAAGCUCUUUUCGUUCAAAUGGCAACGUUCAUUCCUCCCCUUUGUCUCUUCUGUGCUCAUUCGCACUGCAAACCUGCCUCCUAACUUUUAUUUGAGUGUUUAAGUAAAAUGAUGCUGUAAAACUGGUUAUAUUGCAGCAAACCACAAAUCAGCCAUCAUCUAUACUGUACAAUUUGAAGACUUCUUCGUUUUUGUUACAUGAAUCUGUCAAAAAUAUAUUUUUAAUUUAAUAUAAACAAACUUAAAUAAACUGUGAACCAUGC